UGGGUUCAUUUUGGUAUAUUUUCGCCGCAGCUUGCGUUGAAAAUCAUCUGUCGUUGGCCAGAUAUUGAGAUAUAUAUUUAAAAUAUAACCCCCCAAAUCCGAUCCGCGAUGACGAACGAGGACGCGGGCACCAACAGCGUCGCCGACCGCCUGCAGGUGGGUCCGCGCGAGGGGGUCACCUAUCCGAUCCAGAUGAAGUACUGCGGCCACUGCACGAUGCCCAUUGAGUACUGCGAGUACUAUCCGGAGUACGAGAAGUGCAAGGACUGGCUGGAGCGGCACAUGCCCGACGACUUCGAGCGGCUGAAGAUCGAGGAGGAGGCGGCCGCCGCCGACGGGACGGAUGACGACAAGAAGCGCCAGAAGCGCGGCGGCAAGGGACUCCUCCGCGUGAAGAAGAAGGAGGACGUGCCCAAGCGCAUCUGCGUCUCGCGGGCGGCGCGCGGCAAGAAGAAGUCGGUCACCGUGGUCACAGGACUGAGCACUUUCGACAUCGAUCUCAAGGUGGCCGCCAAGUUCUUUGGCACCAAGUUCGCCUGCGGCUCCUCGGUGACCGGCGACGACGAGAUCGUCAUCCAGGGCGACGUCAAGGACGACUUGUUCGACGUGAUACCCGAGAAGUGGGCCGAGAUCGACGAGGAUGUCAUCGAGGAUUUGGGCGAUCAGAAGCGAACAUGAAUAAUUUAAUCAGUUUCCUUAGCUUAUUUUAUACGCUACAUCAUUAAACGUGAUCUUCUGGGUUA